AUGGAUAUCCAAGAGAGGCAUAUUUGCGCUCGUCGCGGCCGUGACACUCGUAUUCCUGCUGGCAGGGCAUUACACGUACAAGAACUCCACGGGCGGUAUGAUGGGCCUUUCCAUUUCCACACAACGCAUGGGGAGUUGAAGCUGACUUAUCCCGCUAUGCAGUCGCCUUUUUCCAAGGAAAAUCACCCGAUGCCCCGUCGUCCCAAGAUCUCCUUUCGCAACCGUUCCCCAAAAAAAUCUGGCAAAGUUGGAAGGAUGACUCGGAAAACCCGACCGAGAAGGCCGCCGGGUUGCCCCAUCAGUGGCGCGCGGUCAACCCCGACUGGCGAUACGAACGCCUCACAGACGCCAACAUGGAUGCCUACGUCCGCGACCGCUUCGAUGGGCCGGACCGUCGACGUCUUCACCAACCUACACGAUCCGAUUCUGAAAGCCGACCUCCUCUGCUACCUCCUCAUGCUGAAGGAAGGCGGUGUCUGGGCUGACAUCGACGUCCGCCCACUCCAACCUGUCUCCAAAUGGAUCCCCGAGCAACACCGUGGCAAGACCAACUUGGUCAUCGGCAUUGAAUCCGACCACCACAAGAAGUCCGUCCUGCCUGGGGUCUCACCACACUCAGUCGCGCUGGCGCAGUUCGCCAUGUUCACCAAGCCGGGCCACCCAGUCCUUCAGGUCGUCGUCGAGCGCGUCCUCGAUAACAUCCAGCAACUGAUGGAGAGCAAGCCCGCCGGGGCCGCCAUCACCUUCAAUGACGUCAUGACGACGACUGGGCCAUAUGCCUGGACUCAGGCGUUCAUGGACUACUUCAAGAACGUCACCGGCGUGGAGCACAACGGCGACGAGAUGGACAGCAUGGAGGAGCCGCGCUUGAUUGGGGAUGUGUUGGUCCUGCCCAAGGACAGCUUUGGCUGGCUGCCGCAUGAGCAUACCCACGAGAUCGACAAUCCUAUCGUGCUGGUUCAGCAUUUGUUUAUUUCGACGUGGAGGGCGAGCCAUCCGGGUUGA